AUGCCACCAUUCAGGGCAAGGACUGCCACUUUGAACGGUAUCAUGUUGAAGUCAGACUGUUGGAGAUGGGUCAUCCUCGGCGAAGGAACGCCUUGGGAAGAGAACUGGACCAUGAUUCAGAUUCCUGAUGAAGAGUACAUCAACGGCAUCGCAGCAACGUUUGAGACUGAUCCCAUCACUGGUUCAGAAGUUUCGCAACUCUUCGGUCAUGCUCGAAGCGGAGCAUUACCGCCCCAAGAUGCCCUUCUGGCCUUGGUCCCUGCGCAGGCUUGCAAGAUUUUGGGCUUUUUGCCCAAGAAGGCCCUCUGGUCGACAUGCGGCCGCCUUGGCUGGUCUAAGGCUGGCUUUCCUCCUCCUCACGGGUCUCGCGCAUCUCAGGAUCAGUACCUGCUUGAUCGCCGAGCCGAUGGGUAUACAUACAAGGAGAUCAAGGAAGCUGGCGGCUUCUCUGAAGCCGCGCCUACCAGCAUCGCCUUCGAAGUCCCACCUGGAAGUACAACGAUAGCUCAAGCCGUCCCCGACCUGAUGGGUCUCGUGCCUCUCGCGACCAGUACCUCCUUGAUCGCAGAGCCGCUUCCAAUCGACCCUGCCCUUGAGCGCAACUUCGGCGCACGAUCUGACACCCGAGAGUACUGUGCGACCUUUGUUGCGUGGGACCUCAGUCCUUUGCUGCAGGCUCGCAAGUGCUGGGUAGCGAGGCCUGCUCCUGAAUCUCUGGUUCACGAGAGGCCUUGCUCCUCAGCGCUUGCAAGCCUGCGCAAAGGACUGAGGUCCUACGCAGCAAAGGGCAACAGAUGA